AUGGUACGGAGUAGUUUAAUAUUGACUCUCACUCCUGAAUACACACAAAUCGAUGGCGGCUUUGAUUUGAUGAUUCAAGAGUUAGAACAAAUUUGUAAACGUGUUUCCGAUAAUCGCUGUACGAUUCAAACAAGAGUUCCCAUUAAAGAAAUUCACUACGUCGAAGAUGCUGCGAAUGAAAUGAUUCGUUCUUCGGUGCGCUUAGUUAUUGGUAACAGCGGUAAUACGGCUACUUUUGAUUCAGUCAUUGUCACAACAACUGCACGAGCAGCAAGUCUCAUCAAAUUUGAACCACGAGCUUUGUUUGUCAAUAAAUACAAAGCGUUUCGUCAACUACACUACGAUUGUGCUACAAAAAUUGCCCAUUCAUUCAGUCGGGCAUUUUGGUACGAAGAAAACAUUCGUGGUGGAUCUUCGGUGACCGAUUUAUCUAUUCGAUUCGUAUUUUACAACAAUUUUAAUAGUAGUGCCAAUGACGUGAACGAUGGUGGGUUUAUUCUAACUUCCUACGUUUGGGCUACCGAUGCUUUGUUGUGGUCAGCGUUGACCAAAGAGGAAGCGUGCGAAAAGUCAUUGCAAGAUCUCAUGCAGCUUCACAAUCGAGUUGAUAUUCAUUUGUUGGUUACAAGUUGUGAAGUAAAAAAUUGGUGUACAGAUCAGUAUGCUAUUGGUGCGUAUGCACUAUUCACUGCAAAUCAAGAAACAAAUUUAGACGAAGAAUUAGGAAAAUCAAUAAAAGAUACAGUACAUUUUAGUGGCGAACAUAUCAGCUUUGUACAUAGAUGGAUCGAAGGCGCAAUACAAUCAUCCCUACGUAUUGUCAUGCAUAUGCAGGAAGAAGAGUUUGAUGUAGUAAUCGUUGACGGUGGUGUGCUUGGUAUGAUCACAGCUUUAACUUUGGCGAAAACAUGGAAUGUUAAACGUAUUGCCGUUCUUAUGAGUGAAGAUAGCGAAAAGUUAUUAGAAGUUGCUCCAUUUCAUAGUGUCGAUGAAAAAUACUACUUGAGCAAAGCGAGCCAAAUAGUUCUUCCUCUAUGGCAAGAACUUGAAGCGAUGCUCAAUGUACCAGCAGGUUCAUUACUCAACACCCACAAUGGCUUCGUCUACUUGGGUCAGUCUUCCUCGAAGAUGGCUGAAAUCUGUCGAAAUUUAACGAUUUCCAAGUGUACCUUACUUUCGUCUACCCAAAUCUCCGAUGGGCGUCCAUUUAUCAACAUCAAUCAACCUGCUCUACGCCUUGUUGAAUCUGGUUUUGUAAACGUAACUUUAUUAGAUAGCGCCCUAAGAAUAUUAGUAGAAAAAACGCCCAGUAUUAUUCUACGUGACCGAGAAACAUUUUUCAAUGUCAAAUACAUAUCAGGUGUUUCACAUGUAAGAAUUGAAACUAGUCGGGGUUCGCUGAAUGCUUCUAAAGUGAUAUUUCUUCCCGGUGUUCAAACUAAAGAGAUGAUGAACAAAUUUGGCCUUAAUUUGAACAUCAACUUAUACGAACUACCUACAGGCAUACGUUGUCCAAUGCUACCAGCUUCAAAUAUUACUUCAACAAUGCCAACUUGGCUAUUUGCUCCGAAUGAUGACGAUCACUAUGCUGGCUAUCCACCUGAUGGAUCAGGCUACGUCUGUAUUGAGCCGCGUAUUGUCAAAUCAAAAAUGCAAAAGCUAAACUCUUCAUAUGAACAAACGAACAAACCAGAUCCAGAGAUUUUGAAACGUCUUUUGACCUGGGUUAAUCAACACAUGAGCGUGGCAGUGGAUUCAACGAACGCUAUUACUGCCAACGACACUGUCCUUGAUACAAUCUUGUCCGACGAUGGUUUCAUUCUAGACUACAUUCCGGGAUUCGGACAGAUGUUUGUAUUGGGCACCCAUAGUUGGUCUGGGGUACAAUACAUGCCUCUAUUUGCACAAAUUCUAGCUCAACUUGCAACUAACAAUAAAUCAUCCAUUUGGCCUAGUCAUUAUGCAUCACUCUUACCAGAAUUUUCAGUGAAUCUAGCAGGACGAAUCAUUACUUUAAAUCCUCUGCCAAGUCGAAACACAUCGAAAGACUCUAGUUCAACUCUUAUUUACUCUCUGAUUUUGAUACACUUUUUCAUCGUUUUCUACUCUUAUUAUUUUGCGAUAUAA